AUGGUGAUGGUGCCUGCGCUGGUCGGCUGCACUAUACAGGUGCCGACGAUCGAGGGACGCAAGCUGGCACUGCAGAUGACCGACGUCGUCAAGCCGAACACGGUCAAGCGCAUUCAAGGUCGCGGCCUGCCCAACCCCAAGGACCCGCAGAAGCGCGGCGACCUCCUCGUGACCUUUGACAUCCGCUUCCCGGACAACCUCACGCAGGCGACGAAGGACGUUCUCGGAGACUGCCUACCGCGCGGAACGGGCGUCGCCCCGACAUGAGCGCUCGCCGGCGCCCCCUGGCUCCGUCCCUGCCGCCGUCGUCGCAGUUCCGGCGCGCCGGCGCCUCCUGGAGACGAUGGCGAAAGUUGGCACGUGGCUCCCCCAUGUGAGCGUGCUUGGCAGCGGCGUUUCGGUUGGACGUUCGGUUGUUUCCGGCGGCGGCGGCAGGCGUCUCGACGACGGAAUUCGUGGGGACAACGUGCGGCGCCCCCUGGUGGCUAACACACUUGUUGUCGUUCCUCGUCUCGCCAAUGGAUCUUUGCCCCACGUCCACGGGGGGGCGCCACGUGCCGCUUCUCUUAUUCGCCGCUAGCGAACGCUUCAUUCGUAAUGUCACUACGGUGGUGUCACGCACACACA